UGUGUAUAUACCUGCCACAGGCCAGUCGAUACAGAAGACAGAAAACCGCAGCGGAGGAAUCCACAAAUUAAGUCCCGUGGAAAAGAGGUGAAGCUAAUUUUUUCGAGUGUUACGCUAAAAGCGAAAGACGCGAAUCGAUGGCGACUGCGACGCUGGAGCUUGACUACUUCAGGGCAGUGUCCCUCUACCGCCGCCGCUCCUACGAGAGCUGUGCGGAGCUUUGCAACGCACUCCUGCAGGCCGGUCACGAUGGCCAUGUCCAACUGUUCGCCACCAAAGAGGAGGAGGAGGUGGAGCAGCAGCAGGCGGAGCACAGCAGAUUCGGUAGCAAUUUGCAACGCAUUGGCCCCAGGCCAAGAGGAGCAGCAGGAGGAGCAGGAGGAGCUGGGGCAGCCGACUCUGGAGCAUCCAUCAUGAUGCCCACUUGGCUGAUGGAGGGCGUGUGGCAAUUAAAGAUGCGUGCCCUAACGCAGCGCGUCUUCCUGGACGAUCUGGAGGUGGAUGAGGCCGGGGCUGAGGCCAACGAGGAAGUGGAGUUCGAGCGUAUAGCCACUGCUGCUCGACCAGGGAGCAGCAUAAAGACCGCCUUCCAGCCACGCCCCCUCACCAGUCAAAAGGCGCAGCGGCAGGCGAGGAGCAGGGGCGUGGGCGUCGGGGUGGCCCACUCCAGCGAUGGUCGCCUAAAUAGUUCCAGGCCAGGAUCGGCGGCAGUGGCUCGUCCUGGCACCAGUCUCAGUCGACCGGGCUCCUCUUUGGGUGGCGGAGAGAGACCUGCCUCCCGUUGCGGCACCGCCUCCCGAGUUCGAGUCACUUCGGCGGCGGCCUUCCAAGUGGGCGAUGCCACCGCCAAGCUCUACCAGGCAUCCCGCCUCAAUCCCACCAUAUACGCCGAACGGGAGACCCUGAUCAAGGCGCUGUUCCAGUUCCUCUACUACCACGAAUCGGAUGUGCAAAAGGCAUACUCUUUGUGUCAAGCGGUGAUGGAAGUUCAGCGCCAGAAGGCCGGCAGUGGAGCCACUGCAUCUAACUUGUCCUGGUGGUGGCAACAGCAGAUGGGCCGCUGUCUCUUGGCCCUCCACUAUCCCCGCAAAGCGGAGCCCUUUCUGCAGCAAUCGCUGGCCAACUUUCCCCAUCCGGAUACCUAUUUACUGCUCUCCAGACUUUACCAACGGAUAAAACAGCCGGGGAAAGCGUUGUCCCUGAUCAGCGAAGUGGUCGACACGCGACCCUUUGAUGUCACCUAUCGUCUGGAGCAGGCGAGGAUUCAUCAGGCCAUGGAGCAGCAGGAGGAUGCACUGCAGCUCUACAGACUGGUGGCCAAAUUGCAGCCCAUCAAUGUGGAGUCUCUGGCCAGCAUAGCCGUGGGUUACUUCUACGACAAUAAUCCGGAAAUGGCACUGAUGUACUACCGCAGAAUUCUGUCCUUGGGAGCCCACUCUGCUGAGCUCUACUGCAACAUAGCAUUGUGCUGUCUGUAUGGUGGACAAAUCGAUUUGGUCUUACCCUGUUUUCAAAGGGCUUUGGCCAUGGCCACUCAGCCCGAGCAAAAGGCGGACAUCUGGUACAAUCUCAGCUUUGUGGCGGUGACCUCUGGCGAUUUUAAUCUGGCCAAGAGAUGUCUUCAGCUGUGUCUCACAUCAGAUGGCCAGAAUGGAGCUGCCCUUAACAACUUAGCUGUGUUAGCUGCCCAAGGAGGGGAUAUUAUGGGAGCCAAGUCCUAUCUAAAUGCAGCUAAAGAUGUGAUGCCCGAAGGUUCAGAAGUUACCACCAAUCUGCAGUUUAUGGAUGUGCACUACAAGCUGUAAACUUGAAGGGAAGUUUUAAUGAAGACAUGUGCAUGAGUUUGGAAUUUAUGUGUUACAAA